CGCAUCUUUCACUAACAAAGGAGAGGGGUCGCGUUUGUCAUCAGCGGGAUUUAUGUUGAAUUAGUGCGCCGCUAUUGGACCCUCUCCCCGCGGUCACGUGACCCGCCAGCAUCGCUCCUCUCCGCCCGCGAACAGCUGUGAGAGAGAGACGCCGUGCAGCAGGGCUCUUCAGAAACACACCGCGCGCGACACGGACGAAAUGGGAGUGGAGCUCGAGACCAUAACCCCCGGAGACGGGAGGACUUUCCCCAAAAAAGGACAGACCUGUGUGGUGCAUUAUGUCGGCUCUCUGACAGAUGGACGGAAGUUCGACUCUUCCCGUGACCGUGACAAGCCAUUUAAGUUCAAGAUUGGUAAACAGGAAGUUAUCCGUGGCUGGGAGGAAGGAAUUGCACAGAUGAGUGUGGGCCAGCGUGCAAAGCUGACCUGUUCACCUGAUUUUGCCUACGGUAAUAAAGGCCAUCCCGGGAUUAUUCCCCCAAAUGCGACCCUCAUCUUCGACGUGGAGCUUCUCAGUUUGGAGUGAUUUAAUGCAUUAACAAUGCCUUUUGUCAAUUUUGGAUUCUAUUACAAAUGCUUAAGUGUCAAAAGGUUUAGUCUUAACAUUAGAAGCCUGAUUAAAUCAAUUCUCUCUUUAUGUCAGGCCAUAUUUUAGUUUUUAUUUUGAUUCUAAGCUUUAUUGAGCAUCCUACCCCACAGUUUUGGCACAUUACGUACAAAACAGUGCUUUAUCUUAUCGGUUCUCCGACAUUUUAUUUUUUGCGUUGGUCAAAUUACACCAGAAAUGAUUCUUUAGCUCCUUUUAAUUUGAAUCCAACAUUCUUCCUGUCUGAUUGCUCUGAUACCACCAAAAACCUUGCAAUGUCCUUAAUCUUGAACUUGAAUGCUUGAAGGAACCCUUUAGACUUCUUGUGACUUUUUCUUACACUGUGAUCGUCGUCGGCUUGAGACCAAGUACAAACUUGCUAAAGAAUCUGUGGCUCU